UAGUUAAAAAUGUGUCUGAAAAAGGGAUCAUGAGGCUAUUUUAACUACCCUACUUGACUAUUUGAUUGAAAAAUCUUAAUUGAAAAAGCUUUCUUCCUCAAUGGUCAAAGACAAGAAGCCCAAAAUCAGUUCUCCGUUUCUCAGGAUUAUCCCUAAUUCCAGAACUUGAAAUCUUUUCGUUUCUCUUCGUCUAAGCGUUUAUCCGUUUCAUUAUUCUCUGAAAAAUGUACAAAACACGAUAAAACAUGAAGUUGUUCAUGAAUAGAAGAAAUCGUGCUUCCUGCAGGGUCCUGGGAACAAGUUUCCUAAUCGCGCGAAAUUUUUCUUCUACGGAAGAGAGGCUCAGACAAAUAAACAUGGCGAGUGUUUACGUUCCCAGCAAACUGCUCAACCUUUGCAUUCGCAAGGUUGCAGAGAAAGUAGAAGAUAAUAUUGACGAAAUAGAAUUACUCCCAGAAGAGGUAAAAGUUAAGUUACUUCAUUUGGUGUCGAAAAGAGGGAGCCUGUCUGACGAAAACAUAGGAAAGAUUCUGCAUGGAAAUGUCAUUGAAAUAGAUUUAUCACAUUCAGAAGUUACUGAUGCUGGGCUUAAAGAAGUAUGUAAAUGCAAGAAGUUAAAGAAAUUGGAUUUGAAUGCUCUGAAAGGAAACAGACAAAGUAUUUCAUCAGAAGGUAUCAAAAUGCUAGCCCAAAGCUGCAAACUGCUGGAAAUUGCUUUUUUAAGGAGGUGUGAAUUGAUAAAUGAUUCUGCCAUCUCAAGCUUAACAUCCUGUUGUCCAAACCUAACCUAGCUAAACUUGGAAGGAUGCAGUUUCAUUACAGACAAAUCUGCUGAAAAUAUAGCAAAAUGUUGCCCAAAAAUGCAGAGCCUUAAUCUCUCAAGAACCAAGGUCUCAGACAAAGGUCUUGAAUUCAUCUCACUUGGUUGCUGCACAAGCUCAUUAGUGGAGAUACACGUUGGUUACUGCAAAGAUGUUACUGAUAAUGGCAUAGAGCUGAUUGUUAAUUCAUGCCCAAAUAUUCGAAUCCUGAUUUUUCAUGGAUGCCCACUGACCACUGAAAGAUCGAGAGAAAUGAUUGGACUGCUUGGGCGAGCAAUGCGUCAAUUAAGCUGGACAGUGUACUAGCAUAUACCACUAUCGGGUGAUGUGAGCUUGUCUAUUCUUGUCUCUGGACAUCAUCUGAGCUAACAAAUGCUGGAUUGAUAUUACGUGGAGAAUUCGAUCAAGAGAGUUUCAUAGAUUCUGUACUUUAAUAACACUGCCAAGAAAAACGAAGAGAACUGAUAUUCUAGGUAAGAUAAUCUUGGUUGCAAAUAGAAUUUUGCUUGGUCCAUUCUUGAUUGGUUGAUAGCAUUACUGUUGCACAUAAUUUUACCGUGUUUUAGCAAAUAUACUAUAUUGAUGAUUUUGUAAAUACAGCUUAAGUUAUGUAGAAACUGCUAAUUCAAAAGUUCAAGGAAGAUUUCAGAAAAACUCUUUUCCUUAUUUGGAAAUUAAAAGGUUGCCGUGUAUAUAUUAUUUAAGUUAACAGUUGAAAUGUCAUAUAGAUAUCAACUUUUUUAGUUGAUGGUUAUCUUAGAUCUGGGAAAAAUCACCAUAACUGUAUAUGUAGAGGUAGAUUCUCUAUUGAAAGCAAGAGCAUACAAUUUCACCGCUAGAAUAAGCAUCAGAUUGGCGGUUGGUCUGCAGAAUGUCUUGAAACCGAAAGUUAAUGCUUUAGUAGUAAGUCUGGAAAUUUCUGUUUUCUAGUUGCCUGUCAUGAAUUUGAUCGCAAAUCUUCAUAGGACCACAUCUUUUACUGAGAUAGUGUUUGAUGCUUGCAGAUUUUGGUUGUUAUCAAGAACACAUGCUAGCUUUUUAAAUCAAAUUAUUUGAGAAAAAGCUUGAGCUUUGCGGUGUUCCAUUUGCCAGUUCAUUAUUCCUCGUUAAAAUUUCUGAUACAUUGGUAUGUCUGAAGCAUACUAUUGUACUUUGUUACUUACCCAUGUUCAUAUCGAACAUCCUUCACGAAAUACUUGAUAACAUUUUGCGCGUGUCAUCGAUAAACAACUCCAAGUUUCAGGCCUUGUAGAU